AUGGAGCAUUACGCUUGCAUGGUUACCCUUCUAGGUCGUGUUGGAAGGCUAGAAGAGGCAUAUAACAUGAUUAAGCGAAUGCCUUUCGAGCCAAAUGCAAAGAGUUCACGAUCCACCAUAAACCGCCGUCAAACUUCCCGUCACGCCGUUGAAAUGGACGUCGUCAGACCGAGAAAAGUGCAAUGUGAGGAGAUUGAAUUAGGAGAUAAAGAUGAUGACUCAGUUCUUACUUCUUUGUUUGGAGUGAUUAAACGAUGUUUUGUUGAUAGGAUUGAUAGGAAAGCAUAUGAGAAUGUGGCUGGGAACUUGAUUUUGAGGGAGAUUUCUGGGAUUGGUUUUAAUGGUCCUUUUUUGGGGGAUAAAGGUCAAUAUUUGCUAAGUAGUUUGGCUCCACCAAAAGUGGACCUGGUUGUCUCAUCAAUUACAAAGAGGUUUUUUCUUACUAAUGAUGUUGAGUCACUGAUGACGAGAUUGUUAUCUUCAGAUAUGGAUUUGUUUGGGUUGAGAUUGAGGCGUCCCAAUUCUAAUUUGGAUUCGUCAAAGGAAUUUCAGUUGAGAUGCGAUUCUGUCAUCUGCACAAUCAUUUAUCCAUUACUCUUGGAUUUGCGUGAUAUAUUUGCUGAUCUCCCAUCAAUGUCAAGAGCUCUUGCCCUUGCACAAAAGAUGCUUUUUGAUGUGAACAGAGGGGAAGUUAUGGAUACUGAAGUUAUUUAUGAAGCUUACACCUUUCAAAUUGAUAAAUCGCAAGCAUUCCUUGCACGGUCUCUUCAAAGUCAAGCUAAGAAAAUCAAGACUGUGGUAGCAGUAGUGGAUGCUAGGUACUUACCUAGGCUUCAGAAAUAUUGGAAUACUUCGAUUCCUGAGAAGUUCAAAGAUUUUAUUGGAGAGUCUGUUACAAGUUGUGAAGAUGAUGGGGAAACCUCAAAUCACAUGAAUAAGAAACGUUUCUUUUCUAAUAAACCUGUCGUGGCUGUGGGUGUUGAAGCAACUGCUGUUUUAAGAGCUUCAUCUCUCACUAAACUUCUUCCUGCAUCAACCUUCAUGAAGGCAGUGGCCCACAGUGUCAUAACCUCUAUCGAGAAGACUAGUUUUUCAACCAUGAGAACAGCAUUUUAUGAAAGAAUGAGAAAAAGGCGGGUACGAACAGUCUGUGUCCAACCAUGGGCAACAAACUUGCGCAGGAUUGCUUGGAAUUUAUCGGAGUGGUUGACUUUAGGUGUUCAAAAUAAAGUGCAAUGUGAGGAGUUUGAAUUAGGAGAUAAAGGUGAUGACUCGGUUCCUACUUCUUUGUUUGGAGUGAUUAAACGAUAUUUUAUUGAUAGGAUUGAUAAGAAAUCAUAUGAGAAUGCUGUUGGGAACUUGAUUUUGAGAGAGAUUUUUGGAUUGGUUUUAAUGGUCCUUUUUUGGCUGAGGAUAGCAUAUGAGAAUGUGGCUGGGAACUUGAUUUUGAGGGAGAUUUUUGGGAUUGGUUUUAAUGGUCUUUUUUGGGCUGCUAAAAGGGCAGCCAAGGAGAUUGGUUGA